GACCAACUCAUUAAUGCCAUGCCGACACAAUACCCGUUCGUAAAUGUGAAUCCAAGGUCCUUAAGUGUAUUAGGUCUGAUACAAUGGAGAUCCGUCUGACAUUAGCAAAUGGUCCGUCUGAUUCCACGGACCAAGAAGCUCUAACCUACAACCCCUGGGGCUCCCCUCCGAUUGUCCCCCCAAAAGACGACGAAGAGUCUACUUCUUCUAUUUACACUUCGGACGCGCUUGACACGCCUACCACAACAAUAACUGAAACCCAGUGGCCAAGACAAGAGUCAUUGGAGUCCGAGGCACCACCAGUGAUCAUGCCAUCUAGCUCCAGUCAUGAUGGUCAAUUGAAAACAAAGUUCAUGCCACCGGAUGGGACCGAUGGUGCUUGUUACCUCCGCUUGUUUGGGGAAACCUGGCGAAGUGACUUGUUUUCUCGAAAGGAGACAUGGGCACUUGGGUCCGAGUUGUUAGAGGAGGAUGUCGACCAUAGGGAGAAGGAGAUCGAGGUGGGUCUGUGGCCAGUAUAUAGUGAUGAGGGGAGAAGGAGGAGUGAUAGAGUUCAUGUUGGUGAACCUGAGUAUGCUCCCGUGGCGGGGACCCCAGCUCACUUGCUGGAAAACUGGCGUUCGCACUGUUUUUUGCUUGGUAUCAAUCCCGCUCUCGUUAGGGUUGGUGGUGGCUCCGUUAACCCAACUCUCGACCUCCCAAAUAUCCCGUCUCGCUUCCCUUUAACUUGAAUUUGGCAGUAUCCUACGAACUAGUGUGCGAGUCAACGGACUGUUGCAAAAAGGUCUUUUAAUUGGGAAGGGAUGAGCCCGUCCGCUUGACUCUACUCUCCUCUGUUUCCACAUUACGUUCGUUUCGUUGAUAUGAUAGGCCAGACUAUGAUCAAGUUCCCGUCUUCGAGUCUUAGACGUGUCACAUCUGCAGGGAGAUUCGGUAUGACUACUUUUCUAAGAUGCAUUGGCUGAUUUCAUCUGGAUUUCAUCAUUGUAGAAUUGGUUGUCCCACCGUAAUUAAAGGUUUGUCUUCUGAGAUGUAAGGAUUCCCAAUACCGGGUUAUAGGGGGUUUUCCCACAUACUAGUCAAAUUUGCCACUUGCCCUAAGAUACCUAGAUACCUACUUGUCUCGUAGUAACCCCCUAUUUCCAUCCCGGAAAGUGCCUAGUUGUAUCUAGCAAGACCAAAUCAGAACUUCCCAAAGAAAAGGCCAAGUUUCAACUUGGAUAUGCGAUCUGGGAAUUGAAAUAUCCGCCCCAUGUAGACUGAGACGCUAUCUACAGUAGGGGGGUUAUAUU